AUGGACCCCGCCACUCUACACGGACCCCCAGAAGGCCCCAAGAUGACACAGCAAUCUUCAUCCUCCCACCUUGACCCCACCCUCUCCGUAUUCGCAGAUCCCGCCUUCGACCCAGUAGAGUACCUAAACAACAUCCUUCCGCCCUUCUCCUUCUCCCUCUCUUCGUCCCAAACAACAACAGCGAUAACGCCAACAGCAAUACCAAAAGCUGCAGACGCCUCCACUACCACCACCACCUCCUCCUCCUCCUCCACUGUCUCCCUUGCGGCGCUUUCAGCACAAACUCAAUCCCUCGUCUCACAACUCAGUGCGCAAAAUGUGCGGCUGUCGAAUACCCUCACGCAGCUGACGGAUGAAAUACUGCGUGGAGGGGGCCGGCUGGCAUAUGAGGUGGAAGUGUUGCGGGGAGAGGUGGUGGGGUUGACGGAUGCGUUAGGAGAAGGGUUAGUAGAUGAUAUUGGACGGUUUGUGCCCGGUGGGAAGAUAUUGGAUAUACAUGCGCCUGCGGAGACGGACACAGGCGCUGAGGCGGGGACAGAAACACAAGCAAAACCUGGCGACCUAGCCGAUAAUGCUACCAAAUCGCAAUCGCAAUUUCAAACACGAACAGAGGAUGACCAGAAACAACCACAACCACAACCCGCCGUAGACGAGCCGGUCUACCUCACCCAACUCCGCACCCUAACCAACGUGCGUGCCCGGCUCGAACAGGUAAUCCACACAUUCGGCGAGGCCAUGGAAUGGCCCCUCGCCCCUUCCGAAAUAUCCGUCGCCUCCUCCUUCAUCUCCGUCUCGGCGCCGGAACCCGGCGCGGGGGACCAACAUAGUCGCGAGGAGAAAGGGAAGGAGGUCGCAAGGAAGCUGCGGGAGGAAAUCAUGGAGCUGCUUAAUAAGGAUAACGCCACGGGUACGACUACGGAUCAAGAUAUUGAUAUAGAUGGGGUGGAAGCAGCUAGUCGGCGGGUUGAGGCGUUGCGGGAGCUGGCGGGCGUGUGGAAGGGGACGGCGGAGGAGAAGGCGCGGAUGAAGUUUGUGGAUGGAUUGGCGAAGAUGGUUGAGGAGCGGAGGAAAGUUGUGCAGAGUGAAAGGGAGCGGGAGAUGAAGGGCCGGUUGUCCGGGAAUAGCAAUGCUGGGUGGGAUGGGAAGUGGUGGUGGGUUGUUGCGAAAUCUACAGCGAUUGCGGGACGAGAUAUAUCUCGAUUGAAUUUGCUUUCAUUUUUAGAUGGGUCCAUUCUCUGGUAA